UUUGAGCAGUUAUCCUGUGGCUAUGUGCACAAAUGAAGGGCGUUUGAUUCAGAAGUUUAUUCGUAUAAGUUCAACUUAGAAGAGAAAUGGGUCCAGGUUCUUUAAUUGGCUUCAAACCAGUUUAAAUUCCAUUGAAACUCAGGGCACUUCCAGUGACGGGGUGUUAUGUCCAAGGACACAUUUCCAUUCUCCUCUACCUCCCUACGCUCUCUGAGACUGGAACAGGAGCUUCAGGAUUGGGAGGAUGAACGGAGAGCCUUGGCUAAUAGGAGGGCGAUGAUCAGGCCCCCACUGCCUCUGCCACCCAGACUCCCUCCAAGGCAGCAGUGGCUCCAGGAGGUCAGAGCCCCUCCACCCCAGAUCCGCUGCAGAGACACAAGCAUCCAUAACACCUUUAUGUAUGGGGACAUAAAGGGGGUUUACGCUGUGCUGAAGGACCCUGGGAUGGUUAAUGCCCUGAUGGAGACAGUGCAUGAAGAGAUGGUGUGGGCUCCAGAAAUGGGUAUGUGGACACUGAGCUCCAAGGUGAAACAAACAUCGGCCUUACGCCUGGCUGCCAGCCGGGGACACACAGCAUGUGUGGAGGAGCUGCUGUUUCGUGGAGCUGAGGUGAACACCGACCCCGGAGGCAACACUGCACUCCAUGAUGCCUGCAUAGGCGGCCACUCUGUCUGUGUCCAGCUGCUUCUCUCCCAUGGAGCAGAUCCAGAUGUGCUGGCAGCAGAUGGUAGUGCUCCCCUUCACCUCUGUACCUCUGCCCAGUCAUUCCAAUGUGCUAAGCUGCUUUUAGAGGGAGGCGCAGACAUCAAUGUGAGAAGCAGGGAGUCGAGGCUCACACCUCUGCAUGUGGCUGCUCAGAGGGGCCUGGAGGAGCACCUGGAGCUCUUUCUAAGCCUUGGAGCGGAUGUUUUGGCCACUAACCGAGAGGGGGAGACGCCCCUGAAUGCUGCGUGCUCUGGAGCCGAGAGGCCGUCUGAAGCUGGGAGGUACCUGCGUGUGAUCCAGAAGCUGCUGGAUGCAGGAGCUAAUCCUCAAACUGCAGGCAGGAAGCAACACACCCCACUGCACAAUGCCUGUGCAAACUGUUGCCCGAGGAUUGUAGAUGUCCUCCUGGAGCACGGAGCUAAGGCUGAUGUUGAGAACUGUGCAGGUUACACACCAAUGGACUGUUUGCUCCAGAUUGUGGAAGAUUACCCGGUGCAGCAGUGUGAGGCGAUAGCAAGAUCCCUUCUAAACUAUGGAGCCAAACCUGUUUCACCAAAGAUGCUGAAACAGCUGGCCUUCUAUCCUGAUGUUCUGGGGCUAAUGCUGAACUCCUACACCUCCAUCCCGCCCUGUGAUUGGUUAGAAUCCCUGCCUCCUGACAAGUUGCCCCAGGAGGACCUGCCGUUCUUCCUGUCAGUGCGCCAGUGGACGGGUCAGCCUCGAUCCCUGCAGCAUCUCUGUCGAUGUGCUUUACGUCAGCAUUUAGGAGCCCAGUGUCACUCAGCUGUCUGUAAGCUGGACAUUCCUGCUUCAGUGAGAGAUUAUCUGCUAUUGUGCAACAACAGGACACUGCAGUGAAUGUUGAUUCUUCACAGUAAUUAUGUACUUUUAUGAAGCUUUUCAAAGUCUCAAAAUCUUCAAAAAUAUAUAUAUUUUUUAAUUUUUAAUUUAAACUGUGAUAUAUUGUUUUAAAAGUCUUCACAGCCGAUGGAGUUCAGCCUGAUAUAUGUUACCUUUAAAAUUACUUUUUCCUGU